AUGAAGUCUGCGGUGAUUCUUUUGCCUUCGCUCUUUACCGCAGCGGCCAAAGCAUGGGGCGGAUUGGGCCAUGAAACCAUUGCAUGGAUUGCUCAAUCUUAUGUUUCGACGACAACGGCGGCUGCUGUCAAAGACCUACUUGACAGCAAACAGUCAGACUACAUGGCGAACGUUUCCACCUGGGCUGAUUCUUACCGUUACACAAGCGCCGGAAGCUGGUCCGCCCCUCUGCACUUCAUCGAUGCCAACGACAAUCCGCCGUCGUCCUGUUCUGUGGACUACGGGCGGGACUGCGGUAGCUCAGGGUGUUCCAUCAGUGCCAUUGUCAACUACACCUCUAUUCUUCGUGAUGUCGACUCGAAGCAGGCCGAGAAAUACUAUGCUGUAAAAUUUCUCAUUCACUUCAUUGGUGAUCUGCACCAACCACUUCACGAUGAAGCAUUGGAACGGGGUGGUAACGGCAUCAACGUCACGUUUCAGGGGAAACAUACCAAUUUGCACCAUAUCUGGGAUACGGAAAUUGUCGAACUACUUGCAAAUGGCUCAUCAGCCGAACAAUUAGCCAGAACCUUGACCGCAUCUAUCAAGACCGGGGAAUAUGGCUGGGACGUCGAAAGUUGGCUGGUGGGGACGACCCUUAAUGACACAGUAUCAACAGCCUUGACGUGGGCAAGUGAGGCAAAUGCCUAUGUCUGUGAAGACGUGUUAAGUGCCGGAAUCGAUGCAGUUGAGGAAGGCGAUCUGAGUGGAAGUUACUACCAGGCUCAUUUUGACGUGGCAAGGACGCAAAUAGCGCGAGCAGGGUACAGGUUGGGGGCCUGGCUGAAUUUGAUUUUCACAGGACAGACAGCAAGUUGA